CGGGCAGGUGUGAACUGGAGGGGCUACACUUAUGUUUACGUUUAUGUACUAUGGGUGUAAUUUUUAGAUGUCCCUUAAAGCAGGCGAAUAUCGAAAGUGAAACUAACUUUACCACGCUUUGCUUCUCGCCUUCUCACGGUGCAUUUAGAAUUGAUACGUGGUGGAAGAGCUUAAUAACAAAGAAACAAGGAAGCAUCAGUUAGAGAAUUGAGAAACAAUCCAAAAAUGGAUGGAUAUUUUGUGAGGAAAAUAAGUAUCUAAUCUCUGAAAGAUCUGAAAAUCUCUCCAACAAUUGAGGAUGGAAUGCACACUCCAAAUACCAGCUUCUACCCAUUCUGCUAUUGUAUGAAGACGGUAAACCAUGGACGGUAAACCAGGAAUACAAGAUGGUGACUUGUCUCCGAGUGGCCGCAAACGGCGAAGAUCUGUAUCACCAGCACCCAGCAGUAUGUCCAUGAAGAGUAACUGGUUUAAAGAUCAUCCUCUGAACAUCAAAGAUGAAGGAAUUUCAUCUGUACACGAUUACAAUUUAAGAUCAGGUUCAGUUUCUUCAGUAUCCAGCCACGUGUCUAUGAAAAGCAACUGCUCUAAAGAUCAUCCUCUGAACAUCAAAGAUGAAGGAAUUUCAUCUGAACACGAUUACAAUUUAAGACCAGGAUUGGUUUCUUCAGUAUCCAGCCACCUGUCUAUGAAAAGCAACUGCUCUAAAGAUCAUCUUCUGAACAUCAAAGAUGAAGGAAUUUCAUCUGAACACGAUUACAAUUUAAGACCAGGAUCGGUUUCUUCAGUACCCAGCCACCUGUCUAUGAAAAGCAACUGGUCUAAAGAUCAUCCUCUGAACAUCAAAAAAGAAGGAAUUUCAUCUGAACACGAUAAAAUGGCAGAAGGCAGAAUUUCAGUAGAUCAGGAGUUCCUGUGUCCAGUGUGUCUGGAUCUCCUGAAGGAUCCAGUGGCCAUUCCCUGUGGACACAGUUACUGUAAGAUCUGUAUUACAGUCUGCUGGGAUCAGGAGGAUCAGAAGAGAGUCUACAGCUGCCCUCGGUGCACAGAGACCUUCAGUACGAGACCUGCUAUAUAUAAAAACAUUAUUCUGGCUGAAGUGGUGGAGAAACUGAAGAACACUAAAAUUACUGCUGACUGUUACGCUGGAGCUGGAGAUGUGCAGUGUGACGUCUGUACUGGAAGAAAACACAAAGCCGUCAAGUCCUGUCUGAUGUGUCUGGAGUCUUACUGUCAGAAUCACCUUGAACAACAUGAGAGUUGGUUUAAAAGAAAGAGACACAAUCUGACUGAUGCCACUGGACGACUGCAGGAGAUGAUCUGCCAGAAACACGACAAGAUCCUUGAGGUUUUCUGCCGCACUGAUCAGAAGUGUAUAUGUGUGCUGUGUAUGGAUGAACAUAAAAACCACGACACUGUAUCAGCUGCAGCACAGAGGACAGAGAAACAGCACCAGCUGAAGAAGACACAGAGGUUGUUCCAGCAGAGGAUCCAGCAGAGAGGGAAAGAUCUUCAGCAGCUGAGAGAGGCUGUGGAGUCUCAUAAGCGCUCUGCACAGACAGCAGUGGAGGACAGUGAGAGGAUCUUCACUGAGCUCAUCCCCUCCAUUGAGAGAAGCUGCUCUGAGGCCACACAGCGGAUCAGAGAUCAGGAAAAGACUGCAGUGAGUCGAGCUGAAGGACGACUGGAGCGACUGGAGCAGGAGAUCAAUGAUCUGAGGAGGAGAGACGCUGAGCUGGAGCAGCUUUCACACACACAGGAUCACAUCCAUUUCCUGCAGAGUUUCCAGUCUCUCUCAGCUUCUCCUGAAUCUACAGAUGUAAAUGACGAUCCCUUCAGUUUUCUCUCCUCUUUUGAUGUCGUGAGAGAAUCGGUCCGUCAGCUGAGAGACAAACUGGAGGAUUUCUGCAAAGAGCAGCUCAAGAAGAUCUCUGACAGAGCCACUUUCACCAAGAUUGUUCCCAGGACCAGGAACGACUUCCUACAAUAUUGCCAUCAGUUCACUCUGGAUCUGAACACAGUGAAUAAAUACCUCUGUCUGUCUGAGAGGAGCAGAGUGAUUACUUACACUAACACAAAGCAGUCAUAUCUUGAUCAUCCAGACAGAUUUGAUGUGUGUCAGGUGUUGUGUAGAGAGAGUGUGUGUGGACGCUGUUACUGGGAGAUUGAGUGGAGUGGGAAAUAUGUGUUUAUAUCAGUGUCAUAUAAGAGCAUCAGCAGGAAGGGACAGGGUAAUAAGUGUUGGUUUGGUUAUAAUGAUCAGUCCUGGAGUUUGAGGUGCUCUUCCUCCAGUUCCUCAUUCAGACACAAAAACAUUGAGACUGAACUCCCUGUAGAGUCCAUCAGCAGUAGAAUAGGAGUGUAUGUGGAUCACAGUGCAGGAACUCUGUCCUUCUACAGCGUCUCUGGAAACACAAUGAUCCUCAUCCACACAGUCCAGACCACAUUCACUCAACCGCUCUAUCCUGGGUUUGGGGUUUAUAAAGGAUCAUCAGUGAAACUGUGUUGAUGAAUCAGAAUAGACUGUAGAGAGAUUCUUCCCAUAAUGCUUUGAUCUGCAUGAUGAAUCAAUAACAGUGAGAUGUUACAGAGUCUCUUAUUUUCUCUUCAUUACAUUAAUACUACAGCUGAACAGAAUAAAUGAAACGCUUUAGAUUACAGCCCACAAAGCACUGCGUAAGUAAAAUGAAUUUACAGUGUAACUUUAGUAAUUAUAGUGGAUCUAUAGAGUAUGUAUGUGUAGGUAUAACAACAUGUAAUAAUAUGUAAAUAUGUAAAGUUUGGGGAAUAUAAACGACCGCGAAGAUUAUCACAUUAUUUAUACUGUGAGUAUUUUUAUUAGAAUGAGUAUUUUAAGGGGUACAUAUUCAUUAUAUGCUAGGCAACAAUUUUACGUUUGGGAGCAAUUCAGCGAGAAUAUACACUGUGUAGAUUUUUGUAAUAAUAGUGGACCAAUACAUAAAGGCUUUUUUAAAAUGACGGGGUUCAUAUCAGUGCAUUUAUACAGUAAUUUUUUAUAGCAAAAGUGCAGCUGUUUUAGUUUGGGCUUCUGUUCAAGGAAAGUUUAAAAUACUGGGGAAAUAUACUCUUGUUCAAUGUAGUUUCAGGGUAAGUACAAUAAAAAUACACAAUCUGAUAUCACUGACUCUGAAACCUUCAUUUGAAAAACAACUGAAUUCAAAACAGAUUUACGACACUUUGUAUACAUUUAAAACAUUUUUUUAAAAAUAAACUUUAAAGCUGCUGCCUGCAACUUUUUUGUGUUCAAAAUGUACAAAAAUUAUAUAAUGAGAAUGUACAACAUGAAUCCAUUUUCCAAACCGUGUUUUUGUCUUACCCUGAAACAUUAUGGUACACUUAUAAUAAGUGUUUAUAUUCUGACUAUUUCAGACCUGUGCGGAGUAUCACAGUGACUCGCCAUAGACAUACACAGAGAAAAGUAGCUCCGGCUACAAUGUUCUUCCGCAAGACGCGUGCAGUUCUGUUUAUUAACCGCUAGAGGGCCAAAAAUCGUGGACUGCAGCUUUAAACUAUUACAAAAUUAAUUGAAUAAAUUGAUAAAAUGUCAGUUUAUAAUUUCUUUUGUAAAUCCAGAUCAUCUGCACAUACUGUAAACUCUUGAUCAGUGAAAGUAUGAGCACAAUUAUUCUAAUCUAAUCCAGUUUACUUUAAAUAAACCUCCUCCUGAACUGAAUUUACAGACCUGAUGCUCUGACAACUCUGAGAAAAGAUAAAAACAAGGAUUAAGUCAAAUCAUCAUCAGUUCAAUCCAGAUAACUCAGAAAUAUAUUAGGAAUGAAAGAAGGAAAACUGUGAGCUGAACUCUGAAAUCAGUCCAGAUGAAUCUUAUCAUUACUGUAAAUGUCAGAAUUGUUGGAGUUUCUUUGUUCAGUGAUUCAUGCUGCUCGUCCUGAUCUAGAAAGUAUCCUGACAUGAUAAACCAUGUUUUUCUACAUGAACUGUGGUAAUACCAUGCUCUGAAUUCAUCAUGUAGUGUUUUGAUGAAUAAUUUUUUUCUAUCUGUCAUGUGAUCGUCCUGCUGCUGGUCUCAGUGCUGUAAUGAACACAAUAAUUCAACAUUUCUUUCUACAUGUUUAAUAAACCUACUGUAUCUGAAAAACUUUAA